AAAACUACACAUUUUACCGUCUUUAAUUACGAAAACGUUGUAGGAUUAAAAAAAUAUAAAGGAUUAUUCUUCCACAAUUCAAACUUACAACUGUAAAUUGACAGUUACAACUCAUAAUAAACGUAAAUUAUAAUCAGCAUGUGUAGCGCAUGUACAGUUUGUAUUUCGCAUCUCACCUAAUGUCAGCACAUUACAUAUAUUGCAAAUUUAUUAAUCAUUUAUCAUCAUGACGUCCUUUUCUUAACGAAUAAAACACUCAAAACUUCCCGCCAUUUGGUGUGUCCUUUCUCUAUUGUUCACUCUUUUGUGGUAGUAGUGAGAGAACAAUUUUUUUUGUAUUGUGGCCAUGGCGACCAUUCACAUUCAGAGCGGGAAAAGUAAUUACAGUAAAAACAACAGCAAAAUUCAACAUAUUCCCUGCAAAGUUUUUGCGGAUUGUGAUGCAAAUGUAAGCAAAUUUUUCGAUGAGAACCUCAAGGAAGAUACGGAAAACACAUUGAAGGCUUCCUUUAGAGGAUGUACUUUAGAAGGCAAAAAAAAAGAUGUACCCAAGGGAUACGUAGGAGUUGUAUUACAGGAAACUGUCAGACCUGAAACUGAAAAAGAUGAAAGGAAAUUCUAUAUUACAAAUAAGUUCUCUGAUAUAACUUAUUGGAAUUGGGACAAAAAGCCAAGUAAAAAUGAUUUAUUUAUCAAAGCAAUGGAUUGGAUGGAUAUUGCUGAAGUGUUGCAUGCUCCUAUUGAGGAUGAAUGACUUGGAUCAUAAAUUUUAGCUCAAUGUGCUCUGUAUAUUUAAAUAAAAUGAAAACUCUGUAUAUCUCAACUUAUUUUAUUGAUAUACUUUUUGUAUAAAAUAAUGAUAAUGACUAGAUAAUAAAUGUUUUAUCAAAGU